GCUGCGGCCGCUGUGCUUGGGUGACCAGUAGCGCCGUAGCCGAGGUGGCGGCGUGGGGCGGGGCAGACCCAGACUGGAGGAAGGAGGUAGUGGUGCAGGAUGGCGGAGACAACCUAUGAGCAUCUAAAAUUGCACAUCACACCUGAAAAGUUUUAUGUGGAAGCUUGUGAUGAUGGAGCAGAUGAUGUACUUACCAUCGACCGUGUGUCCACAGAGGUUACCCUCUCAGUCAAGAAAGAUGUUCCUCCUUCAGCUGUCACAAGACCAAUAUUUGGUAUAUUGGGCACAAUCCAUCUGGUGGCAGGUAACUAUCUUAUUGUCAUUACCAAAAAGACAAAAAUAGGUGAAUUUUUCAAUCAUGUAAUCUGGAAAGCAACAGAUUUUGAUAUCCUUUCUUAUAAGAAGACAAUGUUGCAUUUAACUGAUAUUCAGUUACAAGAUAAUAAAACUUUCCUAGCAAUGAUAAACCAUGUCUUGAAUGUGGAUGGGUUUUACUUUUCAACAACAUAUGAUUUGACGCACACUUUGCAACGGCUCUCCAACACUAGUCCAGAAUUCCAAGAAAUGAGUCUUUUGGAAAGGGCAGAUCAGAGAUUUGUGUGGAAUGGUUAUCUUCUAAGAGAACUUUCUGCUCAGCCAGAGGUUCAUCGAUUUGCUCUUCCAGUGCUACAUGGCUUUAUUACUAUGCACUCGUGUUCUAUCAAUGGAAAAUACUUUGAUUGGAUUCUCAUCUCAAGAAGGAGUUGUUUCAGAGCUGGUGUGCGCUAUUAUGUGAGAGGAAUUGAUUCUGAAGGCCAUGCAGCUAACUUUGUAGAAACUGAACAAAUUGUGCACUACAGUGGGAGCAGGGCUUCAUUUGUGCAGACACGAGGAUCAAUACCAGUUUUCUGGUCCCAAAGACCAAACCUCAAGUAUAAACCAGUACCACAGAUCAACAAAGUAGCCAAUCAUUUGGAUGGUUUCCAAAGACAUUUUGAUUCACAAGUAAUUAUUUAUGGAAAGCAAGUUAUACUCAAUCUGGUUAACCAGAAGGGCUCAGAGAAGCCACUUGAACAGACAUUUGCAUCAAUGGUGUCUUCCUUGGGAAGUGGAAUGAUCAGAUACAUUGCCUUUGACUUCCAUAAGGAAUGUAAAAAUAUGAGAUGGGACCGGCUAAGUAUUUUAUUGGAUAAGGUAACAGAAAUGCAAGAUGAAUUAAGUUAUUUUCUAGUGGACACUGCUGGCAGGGUGGUGACGAACCAGGAAGGUGUGUUCCGCAGCAAUUGCAUGGAUUGUCUGGAUAGAACCAAUGUGAUCCAAAGUUUGUUAGCUCGCCGUUCACUUCAGGCCCAGCUUCAGAGACUAGGAGUUUUGCAUGUGGGACAGAAGCUUGAAGAACAAGAUGAAUUUGAGAAGAUUUACAAAAAUGCCUGGGCUGACAAUGCAAAUGCUUGUGCCAAACAGUAUGCGGGAACUGGUGCCUUGAAGACUGACUUCACCAGAACUGGGAAAAGAACUCAGCUGGGACUUCUGAUGGAUGGCUGGAACUCACUAGUACGGUAUUACAAGAACAACUUUUCUGAUGGAUUUAGACAAGAUGCCAUAGACUUAUUUCUUGGGAACUAUUCAGUAGAUGAAUUAGAAUUUCAUAGUCCUUUAAGUGUUCCAAAGGAUUGGAAAUUCCUGGCUUUGCCUAUCAUCAUGGUUGUUGCCUUUUCAAUGUGCAUUAUCUGUUUGCUUAUGGCUGGCGACACAUGGACAGAAACACUGGCCUAUGUGCUUUUCUGGGCAGUUGCAAGCAUAGGAACAUUUUUUAUUAUCCUUUACAAUGGCAAAGAUUUUGUUGAUGCUCCCAGAUUGGUCCAGAAAGAAAAGAUAGACUGAAUUUGUGUCUGUGGAAAGCGGCUUGGCUUGGAAGAUUCCAUUAUGCAGAACUGGAGUCUUUACUGACCUGCUUUCCACAUCGGCCCGAGGUCUUAAAGAAAGCCUUUAUCAAACAGCACGUCUGUGCUCUGUGCGGUGGUGACGACUUCGCGUUGAUCUGAUGUUCCUGCCUUGAUAAUCUCUCUAUGAUUGGGAUGGUUAUAUUUAUAAUUUGGAGCUACUCUCUAAUUAAAAUGUAACUUUAAUUCAGCUCACCAGAAUGGGAGAAAUCUCUUCAUUGUGAAUCUAAUCAACUGUUACAGAAUAGGUAAUAUAUUAAAAAAUAUCUAGCUCCUUUCAUUAUUUAAAACAGUAAAAUUAUUUUUCUAGCUCAGUUUCAUCAUUGUCAUUGUUGAAGCAGUCGCUUGUUAGCAAGCAUACUUUUCCACACAUCUUUGGACUUUAAAGUGUAAUCAUAAGCCAACUCUGCUAUGUUUAUAAAAUGUAAGUCUUACAUGUGUUGAGUUUGACAAAACAGUCUGUGACUUCAUGGUAGGAAGAGAAGAAUGAGGUCUGGUCUUGAGAAGUUUGAGCUGGGUUGCCUCAUGAGUUCAGUCAGCUUGAACUGCUGCAGUUGGACCAGCAGUUUUAAGUGUGAUGAAAAAGUGCAUAUAUACUUUAUCUUUUUUAAAAGGUGUACAUGCUAUCAAAGAAUGUAAAGUCUGUCUCUUAUGCUAAAGGUCCAAAGCCGCCUCUGUUUUAAGGCUCACCCAGUGUGGAAAAGACCCCAGCUGAUCAGCUGCUUCCUUCUGCACAUUCCAGUUUAUUUGGGGCCACUCUUCGAGACUUGCGGGCAUCCGGGAGGGUCUCGUCUAGAAUGGUGUUGCACUUGGGGCAGCAGCUACUUUUCCACGCAUGGUACUAUUGAUGCUUUUCAUUCUAUGAGUGUGUCUCAAAUUCAGUGCUUCCAAGGUAGUUACAGUUCUCCUAAUCAAGGACCAACUUAAAAUUUAAUUUAUGUGCGAAAAUAAAUCUGAAAAUGUGCUUUAGAAGCUGUGCAUAGGUCUAAUUGUAAGUUGGAUUGUAUAUGCAAAUUGUAAUUAUGAGGUUUAAAUAUUAGAAAAGUAUGUAAGGUAGUGUAAUUGCCGUUAUUUUAAGACAAUUCAUUUAAACCCUGCUACGGUCUUUCAUUGUUGGGCUUGAAGACAUGUACGGUGCUUUCCAAUAGUAAUACCUUAUGUUUUCCUUAAAUUUUUCUCAAAGCACCUUUAUUUCAGCAUUGCCUUUUUUCAGCAUUCUCUUUUAUAUACAUUGCUUUUAGAAACUAAAGGAAAUCCUAGCUGGAAAUCCUCUGUAACUUAAAAUCAGUCAGUAAGACUUGCAAUAAGUGAGAAAAUAGAGCUACCUAUGCCUAAUGUGUAAAUAAGUGUAAUUUGUUCCAAAGAUACCUGGACUAUUGAAACUUUGUUCAUAGCUAUUGUAUACAUUACUCAAGUACUACUGGGCAUUUCACAUUAAGAACUUACUUCAGCAACGACAAAGACCAAAUCUGAACUGCUAAUGUAGCUGCUUUGCAGUGAAUGGACUAAUAAUGUUGGUGUGUUAGAUCUUAGGGUAUCAAUAUUUCAGAACCCUGCAAUGAUUUUGUUUCUAAAUUCAUGUACUGUACCUCCAUAAGUGAAAAUAAAUGUCAUAUUCUUUUCUAA